UAAUAUCCAUUACACGCAAAUCAGUUUCCUAUGCGUAUUGUCGUUAGUAUUUAUUACUACAAAGAGAGUUAGAUUUCGCGUUCUAUCGUGUAUUACGCAGAGCCAGCUAUGAGAGCCAGAAUCUGUCGGGAAGUUACUCGGAGCUUAUCAGGGGCGAACAACCAAUCGCGAUAACUAUCGCAAGUGCGUUGUAUUUCACGAUUUCACGUCGUGUAAGUUUAUCACGUGACUGAGGGUCGCCAGUGUCGGCAGUCUAACUAGUUUACGGCCGUCCAGAGUUGCGGGGUUUGACUACAAUGAUUGAUAGAUUGAACGAAUGCAUUCUGUUUUUAUGUGUCUGCUCGUAGACGGAUUCCCGUUUUCAUGGCAAUCAAUUUGUGCGACGACAAGAUCGGUACACGUAUUGAAGCUGAUCAGAUAUGCUCCGAUGGUUACGACGUCGAAAACCUCAUCAGCACGUCGACGCGACGCCAGCAGGGUUUCAUGGCAGAAUACUUCAUUAAACCUCCCGUCAACGUCGUCAUAACUUUCCCGGUGCCGUCCGAGCUUGGCUGGAUAUGCGUCGGUCUUGUCAGGGGGCCGGUCAGACUGACCGGCCUCGAACUCUGGGUCUCUCACACGCCUCAGGGCGAAGCCGACUUCGAGCUCCUCGCCCGCAAGUACGACCCAGCGCAGGACGUCGUGUGGUUCCGAAAUCGGCGCUACGUCCCGCGGGGUCCCUUCGUCGAGUUGAAUGACCCCCUUGACAAAAAAGAUGCCCAAAGCGAAGCCGCUGAAGCGCUCAAAGCCUACCACUGCAAGUUCGUGCGGAGACUCAAACUGAGACUGAUUCGCGUUCAGGGCAGCACCUCUGUCGGCCUUGGAUUCUGCCAGGUUUGGGGACAACCGAUGGGAAACUCGUGCGACAUUGCAUUUCAGAAAGAACUUCUCCGAAAAUCCUUAGCGGUACCGCGCGCCUCCCAACGUUCGCCGGUAACGGUGAGCUUAGAGUCCAAGCCAUCGACCUCCAGAGACAUCUCCACUGGCAGGUCACCGCAGAUCCCUUCUGAUUUGGAGAUUCCCAGCGAUUUUCAGGAUGCCUUAACAUACGAACUGAUGACACAGCCUGUUUUGCUGCCGGGGGGCCAAGUGAUUGACCAAGCUACGCUGGACAAACAUGUCAAGAGUGAGCGCAAGUGGGGACGGUCACCUAGCGACCCUUUUACGGGGGUCGCGUUCUCCGAAGACGCACGACCAACGUCGCUGACGGAGCUCAAAACUAGGAUAGAUCAUUUUGUCGUGAAGAACUUGGACAGGCUGGGUAACGUUCCGAGGACUCUCGGUAGAGGGAGUGCUGAAAGUGGGGUCAAGACGGCAUCUGCAAUGAUAAAGUGCAUCGAGACAAAACCAACAGGAAUGCACCGUGGCAGACUACAUGCAAGUCAGCUUGAUGAGGAGGCUCGUCGAAAAGCAUCUAAGCGAAAGGUUGACUCGCCUCCGAACGGUGGAGGUGUCGAGCAAGUUGCACCAUUUUUGGCGAGGCGUCCAAAAAAUGAAGUUGACCACGCGACGCACGAAGAACGACUUGCGCAAAGUCUUUCGGACUCGCUCGCCGAGACGCUGGGACAAAUUCGCAAGAGGAGCAGCGUUGCUCCUUCUCUCAAAGUUGACAUCUUGUGUUCUGCGUGUAGAAAAUCAGACGCAACUCACGGCAUUCCCUGCGGACACCGAUACUGCCGUGCCUGCCUGUUGGACUAUGUCGAGAAGGGACGGUGUUGCUGUGGCAGAACUUUCUUGUCUUCUCAGGUGUCAAGGGUGCAUUCUGUAUCUGGAUUUAGUUAGGGAACGGGGUUGGCCUCUGAUAGAAGACUCGUAAACUCUCGGUGUUAUAGGAGAGUGACAUAAAUGACAAAUGACAUCUGUGUCGUCCUGCCCUCCUCAUUUAUGCAAUUCUCCUCUAACAUCAUAACUUUACCAGUACGCUUCAUUUACACGAGUUCAUAAAUACUGGUUGAGUAUUUUACGAACCUGGGGUCGGGCUAUUUGAACGGUUAGCUUUUGGAAGGCUUUAUCCUAUUGCAAAUGCACCCCCUUCAUCUGCCAGAUGCACUCUGACAUUCCGAUGCAUGGCUCGUGACAUGUUUUACGAAUGGAAGACAAUGUUGGCAUUGGUUUACAAUUUUGUGAUUUCAGAAUGCAUCAAAAAGCAGAAGGAAAGCAAAACAGACUAUGUGAUGACCUCCUGCUUUAUCUUUAGCCCUUUUUGAGAUCCUAAUAAGAGAGAAUGAAUUGGUGCUGCUUCCAGGAUAUACAAGGUGUUUAAGUCGGCACGGGCUUACAUUGAAACUGUCCCGCAACUCCCUUCGCCACAAGGUCUCCUGGGAGUUUUUGGAAAGGUCUAUUGAGCCUAGUGCUUUGCUGGCAACUAAUCACAAUAAAGUGAUUUUUUUUACAAAGGUGAAAACUAUAUAUAAUGUGCCCACUGUCUGCUUUGCUUGUACUUAAUAAAGUAAUUGUACAACCCAA